ACGUCGACGACCACCUCACCCUGCCUCCGUCGCCAAGCCGUCGCCAAGCCGCCGUCGCCAAGCCGUUUUUGCUGCCCCGCCGUCGUCCCUUCCUUAAGCAUAGCAUACGUGGUAGAAUUUGGAGAUCGCCAGUAUCUGGAUAAAGCACUUGAGACCUAUCAAUUGCGACCCUGGAUACUUAUGCCGUUGUAUCUAUCGACACCGCGACAUUGGGUGUUAGUUGUAAUAUGUUUGUUUGAAAACAAAGUGUAUUUUCUAAACUCCAUCAAGUCAACUGGAGGUCAUAAGAAUAUGAAGGUGAAGACUUUCGUCAACGAGUCUUGGCGAUUACUUCGGGAACGACAUAUGCCUCAGCUUAAGGCUCGACCGGAUUGGGUUGAUGUUCCAGGAGUACCCCAACAAGAAGGGAAUGUUGAUUGUGGUAAGAGGAAUGAUGAACAAGGAAAUAGUCUUGGAGGCAGCGAGAGCAGAGAGAUGGAUGGAUGCUAGCUGAGGAGUUUGUUGAGUUGAUUAAUAUAUUUGAAUUUAUUAUGUUUUAAGGGCAAGUACCCAACUUGUGUUUCAAAUUAAGUAGUUUAAAGCUUUCGCACCGUUUUUGUUAACUACAAUAGAUAUUAAAAUAAUGUUUUGAAUUAAAUGUUUUUAAUUGUU